AUGUCAUCAUCAUCACUCAAGUUGUCAAUGUCACUAGUAUCAAGGUCUGCAAUGUACACACCACAGAGCAGAGGCAUACUCUGGAUGGGUAUGGCCAACUACUCAACUGCACCAAAGAAGCAAACAACAGUAGCCGCAACAGAAGCAAAGACCACAAAGGUAAAGAAGAUAGUUGUCCCAGUACAAGAGUCAACAGAAUCCAAUCAUUUACCAACCAAAUCAAAGAAGUCCUCCAAGGUCGACCCAGGCAUGUCAAAGAAGGAACUCAAGCUCAUCAAUAUGGUGGACAAGGAAUUGAAGCCAGCUCGUGGACCAAGUGCCUACACCCUCUAUAUCAAAGAGCAGUUCGCCUCAAACAAAGGCGCCUCACUCUCAACCAUCUCCACCUCCUGGGCCAAGCUGGAUAACUCAGCAAAGGAGAGCUAUGCAGCCAAGGCGAUUGAAAUGAAGAAGGAGGUAGAGAAGGAGAAUGAAAAGUUGCCAACCAAGCCAAAGAAGCCAAUCACAGCUUACUUGCACUAUGUGAUGAGUUUGAGAAAGUUGAAUCCAAAUGUCAAGUAUGGAGAGUUGAUGGUCAGCGCCGGUGAGAAGUGGAAGGAGUUGUCAGAGCACGAGAAAAAGUCAUUCUAUGAUAUGGUGGAGAAGGAGAAGGCCGUCUACGAGAAGAACCUGAAGAUAUACAAUCAACAAGUCGAGUUGGUCAAGAACCAAAUCAAGGUCGCACUCUUGGAGAAGACCACCGCGAAACAAUUGCAACAACAACAAAAGAAGCAACAACAGCAGCAAUAG